AGUUGGCGUCAAAAAUGUAAUCUGAUGGGAAAUUUUGUCAAACGUGCAAGUCAGGCAACAAAAUGUUUUUUGUGUCAUUUCCCUACUGCUGCAUUUACUCUAAGACUUCUUCAGUGUAGUAUUUUCUCCCUUAAGCUGAUCCAGUGCAAAGGAGCCACUGAGCCUACUAACACAUUUUCACACGAUGCACUUUUUUGUCUGCUUCCCUUAGCGUUACACCACGGUGACCUCAAUUUUGAGGCACUUGGCUGUUAAAAUGCUUCUCAUAAAAAGGUUCAGCAGUCAUUGGUGUCAGACGGCAGUUGAAGAUCUUUUCCUCUGUACAGGGCCUGGUGUCAUUUCUACCACACUCACGUUCUGUGGUGGACAGUGCAGGAAGCUUUACUGAGCAGAGGCAGAAGUGUGAAACCACGCAGUCGUUCGUCUUUUCCCAAACCUAACCAAGUCAUUUUUAGAAGCGAUGAUGAAAAUAUUAUGUAUAAACGAUUGAAUAGAGCACAUUUCACCCCCAAACUUGUUCUGUACAUUGAUCUCAUACCUCUCGAACACAGAGGAGUAACCUUCCUCUGUGGGCCAGCCCCCUAUAUAGUCAUAUAGCCCAUGGUCCUUUUAAAUGCUCUUUUAUUUGAUAAUAAAAAUAGCAACAUCACAAGCGUGGGAAAUUUAAUCUGUACAGGGCCUGGGGUUGUAUCAGCCACGCCCCCCUGCAAAUGUAUGUGGUGCAUUGAGUCUGUGGUGGAGAGGAAAGGAAGCUUUACUGAGUAGAGGAAAGAGAGAGAAGAAACUCCUUCACUUUAUUUUGAGCAGAAAACAAUCAAUGCAGCUUAAAGAUCCAACAGGAGCUUUGUGAUUGCUUAGAAAGAGUUUCAACAUGUGUGUAAACCUGUCGCUGACGCUGAUGCUGCUGUUUCUGUCUGGUGCUGUCUGCAGUGAAUGGAAUGUGGAAUAUCAUCAGCAGCACAUCUGUGCAGUGAAAGGCUCAUCUGUUGUCAUUCCAUGUUCAUUUUACUAUCCUGAGAACCUGCAAGUGAAGAAAGUCAUGUGGUGUCAUGAAAGGUCCAACAUUAUCGACGGUCCUUUCAUAUUUGACAGUGAGAUGAAUGAAACUGCCUCAAAAUUUAAGUACAUCGGCAACAAAGAACACAAUUGGUCUUUCAAAAUACACAAUGUAGAGCAUAACGAUACAGGAAAAUAUGCAUUCAGAUUUAUAACUGAUACUGAAGAUGGUAAAUGGACUGGUAGAGCUGGCUCAACAGUAAAGGUUGUUGAUUUGAAUGAUUUGAUGACAAACCCUCAUGAGAACAGAGUGACAAAGGAAGGCGACUCUGUGAAUCUGACCUGUAUAAACGGCUGUGACAGCGAUCACCUUUCAUCUGCUUUCACCUGGUUUAAGAACGGGGAACCCAAAAAUGAAGGACCUGUUCUUUAUUUAAGCAACAUGAACCCCACUGACUCUGGAAACUACUCCUGCUCUCUAAAGACUCACACAGGAACAGCUUCACGAGUCAUAAACAUCAACAUUGAAUAUGCCCCGAAGAACACGUCAGUGUCCGUCAGGCCGUCGAUGGAGGUGGAGGCCGGCACCAACAUCACCCUGAUCUGCAGCAGCCACGCAAACCCUCCAGUGGAUUAUACCUGGUUUAAGAUAGAUGAAAGUCAUGUUCUGGAUGUUGGACACCAGCCUGAGCUGUUCACUGCUGAUGGAGGCCAGUAUUUUUGCAGCGCCACCAACAAACAUGGAAGUCAAUACUCCUCUGUUGUGACUGUAAAGACUAAAGAGAGGUGGCCGUCAUUCAACAGAGAUGUACUCAUUAUCACACUUUCUGUGGCUGUCCUUCUGAUUGUGAUCGCUGCUGUCGCUGUCAUGAAACUCAAGAAAAAAAGACCAAGAGCAAAAGAGACCAACUGUGAGGAGGACAGUGAGAGAAGCCAGGGUGAGGGAGCCACAGUAAAAGUCGUCUACACAACUGUUGACUUUCACACUAAGAGGAAGUCAAACACGAAGCAGCAGACAGACUCCCACCAUGAUGAGGAAAGUGUAGCUUACAGGACAAUGUGCAGGAACUGACUGUUGGAGCCUUCCAUUAUGACCACAGUGGUGUUCAGAAGUGUUAAUGUGUCAGGACAAGGAGGAGACUGGUUUACCAACUACUGACUCCUACAAGUGAUAGUUAUUGUUUCCCCCCCAAAUAAAGACCCGCUGUAUGAAGAGCCAAGAUGGCUCAUGUCUUCAGGUUACGCUGGUUUCUUGGUUGACUUGGUUUGGUCUCUUAUUUUAGCCGUUCUCCACCAUCGUCAGCUCCAGUCAUGUGACGACUCAAUGUAAAUAAAUCAACGCUUGAUUCUCAACAGUCUGUGGCUGUUUGGGACUCAGAGAAGAUGAGCUGUAUUCAUGUUGUGUCUUGGUGAACCCUGGUCAGGUGUGAUCCUUCAUAUAUGUGUUCAUCACGUGCCUUUUUGUUCAGAAUGUCUUACAGGUGUACAGAUAUGAUAUUUUGUUGAAUUCAGUCUUUAUUUCCUUACAUUUUACAAAUCUCUGAGAUAAACAUGUCUCAAGGUUUCAUAAAAGUGAAAAAAAGGUUAAGGUUUUGUAUUUUGUAUUUAUGUUUUUGAAUAAAACAAAUUUGCUAACA